AUGUUUUCAUUGUGCAAACAAUCGCACGAAGCGACGGCGGUGGAGUUUUCAUUGACAUGCCAUUUCUUCAAUCACAAUGAAAAAUCUCUCGUUACCGGCGGCGCUAACGUGCUCAAGGUGUACCGGGUCAUCCCGGACGCUGAUCCGGCUACGAGGGACAAAUACACGGCUUCCCGGCCGCCAAACAUGAAACUCGAAUGUAUGGCAUCGUACCGCCUGUCCGGUAACAUCAAGUCCAUGCAAUCCGUUUCGCUGGCCGGUUCGCAGCGGGACGCCCUGCUCAUCAGCUUCCCGGACGCCAAGCUGUCCGUGGUGCAGUUCGAUCCGGAUAACUUCGAUCUCAAAACGCUGUCAUUGCACUACUUCGAGGAUGAGGACAUUAAGGGCGGAUGGACGGGUCACUACCACAUUCCGAUGGUACGCGUGGAUCCGGACAAUCGGUGUGCAGUGAUGCUGGUAUACGGCCGCAAGCUGGUGGUGCUGCCAUUCCGAAAGGACAGCUCACUGGACGAGAUCGAGUUGCAGGAUGUGAAGCCGAUCAAAAAGGCUCCCACGCAGCUGGUGGCGAAAACACCCAUCUUGGCGUCGUACGUCAUUGAGUUGAAGGAUUUGGAUGAGAAAAUUGAUAACGUUAUCGACGUUCAGUUUCUUCACGGAUACUACGAACCGACGUUGCUGAUUCUUUACGAACCGGUGCGAACUUUCCCGGGUCGAAUUGCUGUACGCUCUGAUACCUGCACGAUGGUGGCACUGUCACUCAACAUCCAACAGCGGGUCCACCCGGUGAUAUGGACGGUUAAUAGUUUACCGUUCGACUGCCUGCAGGCAAUACCGAUCAAUAAACCGAUCGGAGGAUGUCUAAUCAUGUGCGUUAAUUCGCUCAUUUACCUCAACCAGAGUGUCCCACCGUACGGCGUGAGUUUGAACAGCAGCGCAGACCAUAGCACAAGUUUUCCGUUGAAACCUCAGGAUGGCGUACGGAUUAGUCUGGAUGCUGCGCAGGUUUGCUUCAUCGAGACGGAAAAGCUGGUCCUCUCCCUGAAAGGUGGCGAGCUGUACGUGCUGACGCUUUGUGCCGAUUCCAUGCGAAGUGUGAGAAACUUCCACUUCAGUAAAGCAGCAGCGAGUGUGCUCACGAGUUGUAUAUGCGUUUGCGAAGAUGAGUACCUCUUUCUGGGGUCCCGCCUGGGCAACUCGCUGCUGUUACGGUUCAAGGAAAAGGACGAAAGUCUCGUGAUAACGAUCGACGACACGACCGGAACGGUCGAGAAGGAACCGAAGCGACCUCGGCUUGAGGAGGAAGAGCUGGAGGUGUACGGCAGUGGCUAUAAGACGUCCGUGCAGCUGACGAGCUACAUCUUCGAGGUGUGCGACAGCGUGCUGAACAUUGGCCCGAUCGCACACAUGGCCAUCGGGGAGCGCGUUUGCGAGGAGGAUCUGGAAGAACAGACGGAGGUACAGUUUGUCCCGAACAAGCUGGACGUCGAGGUGGUGACGUCGAGUGGCCACGGGAAGAAUGGAGCCCUGUGCGUGCUGCAGAGCUCGAUCAAGCCGCAGGUAAUAACGGCGUUCGGGCUGUCCGGGUGUCUGGACGUGUGGACGGUGUUCGAUGAGGCGGCUGGCCGGAAGCCGGAGGAAGGGAUCUCGACGCAUGCGUUCAUGAUACUGUCGCAGGAAAACGCCACGAUGGUUCUGCAGACGGGCGAGGAGAUUAACGAGAUCGAGAACACCGGGUUCGCCACGAACGUGCCAACGAUUCACGUGGGCAACAUCGGCACGAAUCGGUUCAUCGUGCAGGUGACGACGAAAUCGAUUCGGCUGCUGCAGGGGACGCGGUUGCUGCAAAACAUUCCGAUCGAUCUCGGCUGCCCGCUGGCGUCGGUUUCGAUUGUCGAUCCGUACGUGUGCGUGCGCUCGUCGGAGGGACGCGUCAUUACGCUGGCCCUGCGCGAAGGGAAGGGCACGCCCCGGUUGGCGGUGAACAAGAACACGAUCAGCCCGUCGCCGGCCGUGCUGGCAAUCAGCGCCUACCGGGAUGUUUCGGGGCUGUUCACCAAGAAGCUGGAUGACGUGUACGAUCUGAGCGGGAAGGGAAGUGGCGCGUACUCCGCGUACUCGAGCGGUUUUGGCUCGAUGAAACCGGAACCGCACAUGAAGAUCGAAGACGAGGAGGACCUGCUGUACGGUGAGUCGGGCCGGUCGUUCAAGAUGACCUCGAUGGCGGACAUGGCGAUCGCGAGCAAGGGCGGCGGUAAUGCCGACUUCUGGAUGAAGUACAUGCACCAGGUGAAACCGACCUACUGGUUGUUUGCGGCGCGCGAGAACGGCACGCUCGAGAUCUACUCCAUGCCCGAUCUCAAGCUCGUCUACUUGAUCACCAACGUGGGCAACGGGAACAAGGUGCUGUCGGAUUCGAUGGAAUUCGUCCCGCUGCCGCUCGGCAAGGGCACCUCGCAGGAGGAAGCAUCCAGUGCGUUUGGGUCGACAUUCGGCGUGACCGCGUCGCUGCUGCCGAAGGAGAUUCUGAUGGUGGCCCUCGGGAGCUACGGUUCGCGGCCCCUUCUGUUCAUCCGGCUCGAGCACGACCUGCUGAUCUAUCGUGUGUUUCGCUACGCCAAAGGGCACCUUAAGUUGCGCUUCAAGCGCGUCCCGACGAGCGUCACCUGUCCGGUGUUCCGUACCGUUCCGGCGCGGUUAGCCGGCGCGGUCGAUCCGGAGCAGGCGGACGGGGACGAGCAGCUGCGCUCGACCAAGGUCCUGUACGAAAACAUCUCCAUGCUACGGUACUUCGGCAACGUGGCCGGUUACGCUGGCGUGGCGGUGUGCGGCGAGAAACCGUACUUUCUGUUCCUCACGGGCCACGGGGAGCUGCGCACGCACCGGUUGUACGCGCGCACGGUCAUGAAAGCGUUCGCACCGUUUAACAACGUCAACUGCCCGAGCGGAUUCCUCUACUUCGACGAGCAGUACGAGCUGAAAAUCUCCAUCUUCCCGACCUACCUGUCGUACGACUCGGUGUGGCCGGUGCGCAAGAUCCCACUGCGCAGUUCGCCCAAGCAGAUCGUGUACCACCGGGAGAACAAGGUGUACUGCGUGGUGAUGGACACGGAGGAGAUCUGCAACAAGUACUAUCGGUUCAACGGCGAGGACAAAGAGCUGACGGAGGAGAACAAGGGCGAGCGGUUCCUCUACCCGAUGGGCCACCGGUUCUCGGUGGUACUCGUCAACCCGACCGCUUGGGAGACGGUCCCGGACACGUCGAUCAAUCUCGAGGAGUGGGAGCACGUGAUCGCACUGAAGAACGUGAGCCUCUCGUACGAGGGGGCCCGCUCCGGGCUGAAGGAGUACAUUGCCGUGGGGACGAACUUUAACUACAGCGAGGACAUUACAUCCCGCGGCCGGCUGCUACUGUACGACAUCAUCGAGGUGGUGCCGGAACCGGGUAAACCGCUCACGAAGCACAAGUUCAAGGAGGUGAUCAUCAAGGAGCAGAAGGGCCCAGUGUCGGCGAUCGCGCACGUUUGCGGCCUGCUCGUGGGUGCCGUUGGCCAGAAGGUGUACCUGUGGCAGAUGAAGGACGACGAUCUGGUCGGGGUGGCGUUCAUCGAUACGAACAUCUUCGUGCACCAGAUGGUGUCGAUCAAGUCGCUCAUCCUCGUGGCGGACGUGUACAAGUCGGUCAGUUUGCUGCGCUACCAGGAGGAGUACCGGACGCUGUCGCUCGUGUCGCGCGACUACCAUCCGCUCAACGUCUACCAGGUGGAGUACGUGGUGGACAACGCGAACCUGGGCUUCCUCGUGUCGGACGACCAGUGCAAUCUGAUCACCUACAUGCACCAACCGGAGUCGCGCGAAUCGUUCGGUGGCCAGCGGUUGCUGCGCAAGAGCGACUACCAUCUCGGCCAGCAGAUCAACGCCAUGUUUCGCGUGCAGUGCGACUUCCACGAGUCGGACGUCAUGAAGCGUACGCUCAACUACGACAACAAGCACACGACGUACUUCGCGACGCUGGACGGUGGCUUCGGGUUCGUGCUCCCGCUGCCGGAGAAAACCUACCGCCGGCUGUUCAUGCUGCAGAACGUACUGCUCACGCACUCGCCGCACACCUGCGGCCUCAAUCCGAAGGCGUACCGGACGAUAAAGCAGACGCGUAAACUGCCCAUCAACCCGAGCCGCUGCGUGGUGGACGGCGAUCUGGUGUGGAGCUUUCUGGAGCUGCCGGCGAACGAGAAGCUCGAGGUGGCCAAGAAAAUCGGCACGCGCAUCGAGGAGAUCUGCGCCGACCUGAUGGAGAUCGAACACGUGACGCAUGCGUUCUGAGCAGGCAGUUGCCUGUGCAUGUGAGUUGCAUGCACGGACAGUAACACGUGAGCUGGAUGAAUUACACAAUGGUACACAUUUAAACUAAAAUAAUUGUAAUUUUAUUAUUUAACCAUGUGAGAAAGGGUGCAGGGGUAACAGGGUUGGUUUACGGUGUGAUUCAAUUCUCAGACAACUUCUACAAUCUUAAACCGUGUUGGUGUGUUCAAUUGUCAUGAUUAACUUUAUUGGAGUAUAAUUAUCAUACGUUUAGCAUCAGUUAAGCAAAUUCGUUUCGAUGAAGACCCGUCGCCGAAGACAAUAACCGAACAUCAUGGAA